AUGAGUUGGAUAGGAGAAUGUAAAUCAAUAGACGAAGUUAAAGGAUGUAAAGGAGAAAUAGAUAAAGAAUAUGGAUGUAGAGAAUGUUCAGAAGGAUAUUAUUUAAUAAAUAAAGAAUGUUCAAAAUGUAAAGAGAAUUGUACAAGAUGUUCAAUAAAGAAUGAAUGUAAUAGUUGUGAAAAUGAAUAUGUAUUAAAAAAUAAAGAAUGUAUUAAAUAUUCAGAUAUUAAUAAAUGUAAAGAAGUAAAGAAUAAUAAAUGUUCAAAAUGUUCAUUUUGGUAUGGAACGAAUGAAGAAGGAAAUGAAUGUAAUAAAGAAGUAGUAUGGUGGAUGAUAAUGAUAAUUGUCAUUAUUAUAAUUAUUAUCAUUAUUAUAACAAUUGUAAUGAUAAUAAUGAUGGUUAAUUACAUAAUGAAGAGAAGAGAAAAGAAAGAACGAGAGAAAACAACAACAAUAUUCAAAAUAACACAAUCAAAUAUCAGAUUCAUAUCACUUGGAGAUGGAAUAUUAACAAGUAAGAAAGAAAUUGAACUUCAAGAAGGAGAAGAAAUUAAAGUGAAUGAAGAAAUACGAGAAUUAAUUUGUAUUGGAAAUGAUAAAAAAGAAAAGAUGAAGAUACAAAUAAGUAGUAAAGAAGAAAAUGAGAAAUAUUCAAUUAGAACAAACCCAAAUGUCAUUACAAUUGAAGGAGGAUAUGCAUGUGAAUUUGAAUUAUUCAUUACAAUCAAAUGUACAACUAAAAUCAAAGAUAAAAUAAUGAUAAUUAGUAAAACACUUAAUAAAGCACAAGAAGAAACAAUCAAAAGUAUUUCUAUUGAAGGAGAAACAGAAAUAUCAACACGACUUGAUCCUGAUGAAAUAAAAGAAGAAAAGAAAAUAGGAGAAGGAUCAUUUGGAGUUGUUUAUGUUGGAGAAUUUAGAGGAAAUAAAGUAGCAAUUAAGAAAAUGAAACAAGUUGAAGAAAAUGAAGAUAAAAAGAAAGAAUUUGAGAAAGAAGUAGCAAUAAUAUGCAAAAUAUGGAUCAAUACAAGAUAUAAUGAAUAA